AGCAUUCUCCUACUCUCCUCAUAAACACAUUCAUCUGAAUUUUAACCAUGUCUGAUAAAAUCAUCCUUCCCGUCCAAUACAAGAUUGAGAGUAUCCGGUGGCAGGGGCAGUUCGUUUCCGUAGGAGGUCAAGAUGGCACUACUAUCGUUGGCAACCAGAAAAUCAUCGGUGGCACGCAAACCUGGAAAGUCAAGCACGAUCCAUCAACCGGCAUGGUGACGUUCCAAGGCGUGCAGGGUUCUUACCCGGGGGAAGAAGGAAAAUACAUUGCUCUCGGCGAGGAGGGCAUGUUGGUUUACAGUGACGAGGCUUCAUGGUUCCGUCUGGUCAAGCUCCCGACGGUCACAGACGCUUUCAUGGUGGAGGAUUCCAAAUAUUCCAUUGAUUUUUUCAAUGGCUGGCACCUCCACAAUGACCAGGAUGGCUGCCCUGUCACUCUUAACAAUAUCUUGCUUCCUGGAGGGGAAUGGAAGUUGAUACCUGUGUUCUGAUGUACUUAAUAACGAAGUGAUCAUUUUUCCGUUUAUCGUGUAUUAUCUGUAGUCAAAGUACUGCAGACCUUUGAACAAAUCCGCCUUGCUUUCCCCAAUGGCGUGUGUAGCUCUGUUGUCUUGAGUGAAUUACCUUGAUUAGCAUGCAUUGAAACAGCCCGGCAUUUUCUUGG